AUGUCAUCUGCAGUAUCAAAGCGCCUUGAAGACAAGACAAUCCUCAUCACCGGAGCCUCUUCCGGCAUCGGAAAGUCCACUGCCUUCGAGUUCGCCCGCACAAGCCCCAAGAACCUGAAGCUUGUCCUCACAGCUCGUCGAAUUGAUACUCUGAAGCAGAUCGCUGAGGAGAUUGUUAAGGAAGUUGGCGAUGGCGUCAAGGUGCAUCCCGUUCAACUCGAUGUUAGCAAACCCGAGGAAGUACGCUCUUUUGUGAGCAACCUUCCUGCCGAGUUCAGCGAGAUCGAUGUAUUAGUCAACAAUGCCGGUCUUGUCAAGGGUGUUGACAAAGCCCCCGAGAUCAAGGAAGAGGACAUUAACGUCAUGUUCGCUACCAACGUCACAGGCCUGAUCAACAUGACACAAGCCAUCUUGCCCAUGAUGCUCAAGCGCAACAACGGCGAAGGAGCUGGCGAUAUCAUCAACAUCGGCUCCAUUGCUGGUCGGGAGCCUUACCCCGGCGGCAGCAUCUACUGCGCUACCAAGGCUGCCAUCCACUCUUUCACUGAAAGUCUGCGCAAGGAGCUCAUUUCCAAGCGCGUCCGUGUUAUCAGAAUCGAUCCCGGUCAAGUAGAGACUGAGUUCUCUGUUGUGAGAUUCUAUGGUGAUAAGUCCAAGGCUGAUGCUGUAUAUGCUGGCUGCGAGCCUCUGACACCCGAUGAUAUUGCCGAGGCUAUUGUCUUUGCUGCUGGAAGAAGGGAGAACGUCGUCAUUGCCGAUACUCUGAUAUUCCCCAACCACCAGGCUGCAGCGACUGUUAUGCACAGGAAGUCGUAA